AUGGAACAAAUUAUGUCGGCUUACAAGUCACACGACGAACGCAUUCGUGGGGUUGAAGACGGCCUGAACGAUUACAGUGACCGACUGACAUUACUGGAAGUUCAAGAAAUUGAUGUUCAUGCAAGCAGGUUGGAGGCUACCCAGACGGAAUACAAGGUGUUGUUCCUCCAAUCCAAGAGCGGCCUCAUCACAGCAGUGGAGAAGGCCACGGAUAGACAUAUUGGAAUGGGAAUGGGAAGUGGAAAUAAAAUGAUGGUUUCCAUGGAGGAAACAAGCAAUUCAUCAGCUACAGUCAGAACUAAUGAAACGUGCUUCUUGGAUGAACAAUUCCUCACAAGAUUGAUGCCUCCAGCCCUUACAAUCUUCUUCAUUUUAGCUGUAAGCUUUAACAGUCUAGUGCUAUGGAUAUUCUGUUCACAAGUGAAGAAAAAGGCCCCAAUUGAUAUUUUGAUGUUAAAUCUGUGUCUGGGUGACCUGCUUUUCUCAAUCACCUAUCCGCUUGUAAUCAGUUAUCACAGCAACAACCACUGGAUAUUUGGACAAUUUAUUUGCAAACUCCAAACCUUCUUCAUCUAUUUCAUCUUGAUGGCAAGUACCUUCUUCCUGACGUGCAUCAGUAAUUAUCGAUGUUACAUGGUCCUCAAACCCAUUCAGUCCAAAAACAGGAUUACAAAGAAAUGUACCAUUGCCCUUUCUAUCUUCAUCUGGUUGUUAGCUGGCUUUGUUACAUACCCGGCUUUUUCUCGGACCACUGCCUUUGAAAUGAAUGGAAGUUUACAUUGUAUGAGUUUUAAUCAUCCACAAAUCAAGGAAGUAUUACAAUCUUCCACAGUUAAGUUAUUUAUUUUGUCCUUUGGAAUUCCAUUGGUUUCCUUGCUGGUGUCAACUUUACUUGUUCAAAGGAAACUGGCCAAUUUAACAUUAGCUGCACAUUCACAAAAAAACCAAUAUGCUGUCCGGAUGAUGAUAGUCAUAUUGUGCAUCUUUGUAAUAUGCUUUCUUCCUGUAAAUGUAGCACGCUUAGUUAUUUCCACUGUGGGUGUGAAGAACUGCACACUUUUCCAACAACUUGGAGUAGCUUACUACUGCUGUCUUCUUGCCAUUUAUUCCAAUACUGUCCUGGAUCCUAUUGUGUACUUCUAUGCCAGCACCAAAUAUCGGACAAUGCUCAUUAACACCAUUAAAGGCAUGGGCUUUUGUAACAAGCUGCCUACAGUAGCCAGCAACUCCGCAUCCGCCAGCGAGUCAAGAGUGUGACAAUUGAUGUAAGGAGCCAAUGAUUUACUCUCAGUGGCCACUUGCUUUAUCAU